AUAGACCCAAACCGUAAUCAAGUACUUUCUGCCUCUUAUGGUGAUGAGGAAAAUGAUCAUCAGCUUAGGAGAUGCUUUACCAAAGAAUAUUACACUUAUGCAGGAUCAAAAAAAUAUAUAAAAAAAAUGGAAAGGACGGUUGCUGAGGUAAUAGGUGAUGCUUUGCUAAAUACACCAACCGCAAAAACAGUGAAUACAUCUACAUAUCUUCAUUAUAUUACUUACAUUCUACUAAAUCUCAACAGGAUAUUCGAAUUCAAUGGUUGUAUAACGAUAAAAUACCGCUUCUAUCUGUACCAAGGUGUUCAAAGAGCAAGAGAAGAAAUAACAGACAUUUUAUUAGACGGUGGUAGAAAAUAUAACAAAAGAAAGCCAAAGAACACAAAGAAGAACAGAAGAAGGGAAAGAAAAAUUAAAGAG